AUGAUUACCAUGAAUGAGCUGGUAGAUUUGCGUAUGCAACAGCAUAUUGCUCAUGAAAUCUAUCGUCAACAGAUCAUGCAGAGAAUACCGGAUCCAUUUCCCUCUAUGCUGCCCAUGUCCAUGCCACGACAUGUGAUAAUGCCACCAAGAGUAACACUGCCCGGUGUUGAAGUAACUUUACAAAAUGAUGAUCUAUGGAAGCAGUUCCAUCAAAUUGGAACGGAAAUGAUUAUAACAAAAAGUGGAAGACGCAUGUUUCCAUCCAUGCGACUGUCAUUGUCUGGCCUUGAAGAUGAAAGUAACUAUUGUAUAUUAUUGGAAAUGGUACCAAUUGGUGAUUGUCGUUAUAAGUUUUCCGGCUCUCAAUGGGUACCAGCUGGUGGCGCUGAACCUCAAUCACCGCAACGCAUGUGUUUACAUCCGGAUAGUCCAGCGACGGGUGCUCACUGGCAGGCUCAACCGAUUUUAUUUAAUAAAGUUAAACUGACCAAUAAUACUUUGGAUAAUAAUGGACAUAUCGUCUUGGCCAGCAUGCAUAAAUAUCAACCACGAAUACAUGUUAUACGUACAUCGGAUUUAGCUCAAAUACCCUGGGCUCCACAGCAGGCAUUUGUUUUUCCCGAAACCGAAUUUGUAGCGGUUACUGCUUAUCAGAAUGAUCGUAUUACUAAACUUAAGAUUGAUAAUAAUCCUUUUGCCAAAGGGUUUCGUGAAACUGGUCAAUCUCGUUGUAAACGUAAAAUGUCUUCAUCACCUACUGCUGAGGAUCAGCCGCAUCAUCAUCAGCAACAACAACAACAACAUGAUCUUAUGUCUCCAACAAAAUCACUGACUACUGCAAUCAGUGAGUCGGGAUCAUCAAUUUGUUCGGAUAAACCAAUGACGGCAUACUUUAAUGAUCAUCAUCAGCAGCAGCAUCAUUUACUUGGGCAACAUCCCGGACUAGUGGAUGUAAUAGAGGCCACAUCACCGCAAACACUAAAACGUUUACGUUCGAAUGGUUCGGCUUGUUCUUUAGAUGCGGUUAGCCAAACAAAUGAAACCAGUUCGGGAGGCAACAUGUCGUCAUCAUCAUUGGAUUAUGUUAACAGUGCUAGCAACAUUUUUCAACAACAACAGUCUCAACCAAUUGCUGCUAGUGGUAAUGCAACAUCCGUUGCCUUCAUGCAUCAUUUCCAGCAAAACAUGCAAUCAUUGCUACGACCUUCACUGGUCGAUUUAGCCUGUUCGUAUUUUGCCCGUCCCCAGCCUCUGUAUCCACAACAUGUUUAUGCUGUGGCUGCACAACAUGAAGCAUUAGUUGCGGCCGGUUUGCCAACGUCAUCAUCACAAUUACCUCCUAUACCAGCACCUCAUAAUAUGGGCGAUUUGGCACAACGUUUGUCUCUGGAAAGUAGCAAUGCUGCAACACCAACAUCACCAUCAAUUGCUGAUGCUAGUAGUGCAAGUGUUGGUAGUAGUAGAGGUGAAUUGCCAAAUCGUGUUAUUGCCAUUAACUCAAAUACCACCUUAGAAUGCAUAACAAACGAUGCCGAUCUUUCUUCAUCCGAUUCAUCAUUAAUACAAGACGAUACUUCUGCUGCUGCAACAACACCGGUUACAACACCAACAUCACUGGCUGCUACUUGCAAUUUAAAUGAUGAUACAUUAUCCCAGUCACCAUCAUCAUGCAACAAAAACAACAACAACAGCAGCAACAUCAGCAAUGGCCACAGCACUAACCAUAAAAAGAAAGGUUUUAGCAUCUCGGCCAUUUUAGGUGGUGGCAGUUAG